AGAGAGAGCCAUAUUGCACCGUCGGGUAGCGCUGCCAACCCUUGCUAUCUGGGGCAGACUGGCAGAGGGUCCAGAUGGCACGGAAAUCCUCAAAGAUUUGAAAAUGUUCUCUGCAGGGGUGGCGUUUUCUCCCCGCUCCCACCCUUACCACUGAGUGGGGUGUGGGCCUUGCCUGGCUUGCCACCCACAGAAGCUCAAUUGGAAACUUGCAUGGAAAUAUAGAACAGAGAAAGUGUAGAGAGUAGGCUACCUAGCUGCAAGCUCAUGAAGAUACAUGAGUUAUGAGUGGAUCAAAGAAGCACCAGGAAAGUUGUGGGUGUCACAAAUAUUUUAAUUUAAGUAUUCUAGUGGGUGAGAUUUGUUUAACUAUAUUAUUUUCCUACCUGCUUUUAAAAGUUUGAUUAGGCAUACAGCCUUCAUAAGGAUGACAAAUUGUAUAUUAACUGAAUACUAUAGUGCAUGUGUGAUUUUAGUAGUAUAGCUGCAUUAUUUGCUGUGGGGCAUAGGGGGAAUCAUGUCUGUCCAAAUACGGAGUAAAGAUCAAGUAGAUGCAGCCGUUUGACUCUUUUGAUUGGCUGCCUCCUACACGUUGUGGGAGAAACCAGGAAGAGAAACAACUACACAUUGUUACAUGGAGCAGGGCAAUGACAUGAAGAGUCCGAGUCAGUGCAGACAGAGGACCAUCUCGUUGCAAAGUCCCCUGGGAAAGAUCCAAGUCAGCGGAUGUGAAAAUGGUGUGCACACCAUCCAGAUCUUAAUGGAUGUUCCACCUGCAGAAAGGAGUGGCGACACCUCCCUAAGCUGUGUGGUCACUGUUAGCAAUGGCCAAGAGGAAAUGGGCCCAGAGUUGCAGCACUGCGUGGAAUGGCUUCGGGCCUACUUCAGCGAGCCGUGGACCGUGGGGAGGCUCCCACUCCCAGUCUUUCAUCACCCCACCCUGCAUGGAGAUUCCUUCACCAGCCGGGUUCUGCAGACUCUUGUGCGGGACGUGAAGGUGGGAGAGACGGUGUCGUAUAAGCGGCUGGCUGAGAUGGCAGGAAACCCCAGGGCCGUGAGAGCUGUGGGAGGGGCCAUGAGGAGGAACCCGGUGCCUCUUCUCAUCCCCUGCCACCGCGUCAUCUCCAGCAGUGGUCAGAGUGGGAUCUACAUGGGCGGCAAAGGUAACCAUCUCAAACAAUGGCUGCUCACCCACGAGAAGGUCAAAGAGGAAGACUGAAGCACAAUGACGUGAUAUAGUAAGACCAGUGUGGGAUUAUAUUUUACAAAGCAGGGUUGAUGUGUUAUCCAGACAACUUCUAUAACCAUUCUGAAACCACUGUACUUCCUGAAGCAGUUAAGAGCUUUCUUUGUGUUAUAUGAGUGAACACCAACUAUUAUUUUUGACUGUUUAUCACAGUAAGCAAGCUAACUCCUUUAUCCUGCUUUGUGAAAUACAACAGUAAGCAAGAUGCGAUGUCAACAAUGAACCACAGCUGAGGAAACCUGUACAUAGUUGCGUGACAUGUGCACAUGGGGCGGCUUCACAGUUGAAAUGUGUAUCAGCUGUGCCUUAUUUUAAAUGCUGUCUAUAACCCAAGGGAGAGCUUUCAUGUUUUGCUUUUAUAUCUGCUUCUGUUCUGCUUUGUCCGACUGUCCAGUCUGUGUUCUAAUUGAAUUCAUGUGAAAUAAUAAAGUGGAGGUUUAAGGGAGUGGUGGCGUUAGGGGGGUUAGUGUAGAGGCCUCAGUCUACCCCCCUAGUUGACCCUCAGUUUUAGAACGGCAGUAACAACGCUUUCUGCAUUCCGGCAGCACAGUGAAAUGGAUUCUAACUAUACUGCAGCGGGACAAGACAGGACAAUCACACCCAUAAAGAACAACUAUGUGUAUGCCAAUACUACUGGUCUUAUGUUCUACUAAUCAUACUGUAUAGUUAAUGUUGGUCUGAAAUUAGAAGGCACUAAAAUAACUUUAACAUUGAACAUUAGGAAUUACAAACAUAUGUUCCCAUGGGUGCCAGUUUGGGUUGCCAGUUAUUGUUGGAAUGGUUUCUCUAAAUAAUUAUUUCCCCAAAAAUAUGUCACUUGAAUCGUUUUCCUCCCUAUGCUAAAUCACUCUUUGUACCUUUCAUUGGUUGUUGUAUUUCCUGCCAAGUGAAUUCUUUGUUCAACAUCCAGGAAAAAGGCUUGAAAUUGUUUGUGAGUCAUUAGUUUUUCUUCAUUUAAGAUUCACCUACAACGACAGUGUUGAAAUGUAUUUUUAUUUUUCAUAAAUACAUUUAAAGUUUCAAAAGCUUCAUCUUGCAUAACCACUCACUUAAUUAUUUUAAAUGUUGUAGUUAUACCGGAACAAACUGGAGAUAUAGUUUGCAAUAGAUGUUAUUGUGUUCAGUUAGCCAUCUCAAAUAUGGCUGAAAUUUGAAGCACCAUUCAGAGAAUAAUAUUAGAGCUUCUUUCUUGUAAAAAUGAUGAUUUCCAUUAGAGGGCAGUGUAGAACGGGAAACAGGCAUACACAUUCAGCUUUCAAUUCUUCAGUUGAACAAUGGGAUCAAUUUCCAAUUUGAUGCCAUUGAGAUAAAUUAAAUAUUUUUCCUGACAGCGAGGUAUAUGUAAGCAGCCUUGUAAAGAGUGCAUUGACAUUUUUCUGUGAGGAUUAGAUUGACAGUCAUUUUAAUCUAUGCAUUAUAUAAUUUCUGCUAUUCUAUUUUUGCAAACCAGUAUCUCACUGACUUUUACUGAUUAAUCAAUGUCUACUGAACUGUAGUACAUUUUGAAGCAUCUUUGAAUGCAUCUCUGCUGUACUGUUGGACUCACUUACAGCACUGUGCCAUCAGAGCACAAUUCCAGCCUCGAUGUUGAAGCAGGCAGGCAGAAGGCUGUAGACCGUCAGAUGAAGAAUGCAUUUCAGUGUGUGGUUUCACACAGGACUAAUGAUGCCUGUGGUGGCUACAGGCUACAGUCAGCCCGUAACCAAGGCUGCUGUGACAGAGCCACCAGGGGAUCAUAUUUAAAAGGAGCACACUCUGAAGUGCACUGUAAGCGCCCUCUUUGCUUGUGGCUAAGUCAAGUCUAUGUAAUAGGCUACACCACACAACAGAGGGAGUAAAAGGUAAACGAUACAUUCUAUGUAUUUAGUCAGAGAGACAGGCUGACAGAUUAGCAGAUGUGUGAGUAGUUUGGCCGAUACAGUUCAGGGAUCAGAGAAAAAUGCGUUAUGCACUUUGAUAACUUAUUAGUAUCAUGCAUGUGCAAGUACUCUGUUUCAGUAUCAUCCUGGCCAUGUGAUUCAAUGGAAUUAUAAUGGAAUUAUGGACACCAUUAAAAGCGGUUGAGACUACUACUUUAUUAUCCGCUCUGUUAAUCUCUGUGAAA